AGAAAGUCAAUGGAUGUGUACGUGUGUAACAAAGUCAAUAAAUAUAUAACGACGGAAUCCCCAAUGGAAUUGAAACAUAAAGCGCCUUUAAUUUCUUCGUUAUUUGAAUGAAAUCAGAACAAAAUUCUGCGCCAUGGCCAUCUUUUAAUCAUAACCAAUUUGAUUCUUCAGUCCUAAAAACUUCUCUUCAAUUCCCAAAUUUCCAUCUCCCAAUUAACGAUCCAAGAGAUUUCGCUGGUCGGGUUGCAUUUUCCUGGAAAAUUCACCUUUGAUUUUCCCGGAAAAUAUUUUCUUCCGAUCAGAAAAUUCAAUCACCUUCACCCCCUUCAAUUUCUUUGAUUCUCGUCGAAGUUGAUAGCCCGAUAUCAGGGCAAGAAGAGAGGAAUUUGAUUGGUAGCUCGUGAAGAUGAGUUCUAAUCAUGGAAGUUCUUCUUCCAGGAGAAGUGCGUCAUUGACAUCUUCAUCUUCUCGGAAGAAACCAUCUGAAAACGGAAAUCCUGAUUCUGGCCGCACAUCUCUCACGAAUUCUCGUUCAUCCGUGGGAUCAACAGGAGAACAUACAGUGAAGCGAUUGCGCCUAACAAAGGCCCUAACAGUACCUGAAACCACAACUAUCUAUGAAGCUUGUUGUCGGAUGGCUGCUCGAAGAGCUGAUGCUCUUUUACUCACUGAUUCAAGCGCGUUACUUAGCGGCAUAUUGACAGACAAGGAUAUUGCAACAAGAGUGAUUGCUCAUGAGAUUGAUUUUAUGAACACACCAGUCUCAAAGGUGAUGACGAAGAACCCAAUCUAUGUGUUGUCAGAUACUCUUGCAGUGGAAGCCCUGCAAAAGAUGGUGCAAGGAAAAUUUCGACACUUGCCUGUUGUAGAGAAUGGCGAGGUUAUUGCUUUACUUGACAUAGCAAAAUGCUUAUAUGAUGCCAUUGCUCGUAUGGAAAAGGCAGCUGAAAAGGGAAAAGCCAUAGCAGCUGCUGUUGAAGGUGUUGAAAAGCACUGGGGUACUACUUUACCUGGUCCUAACACGUUUGUGGAAACACUCAAAGAGCAAAUGUUUAAGCCUGCAUUGUCUACCAUUAUCUCGGACAAUUCAAAGAUUGUGACUGUUUCCCCCUUCGACACAGUGGUAAUGGUAACAAAAAAGAUGCUUGAGUUUCGUAUUAGCUCUGCAAUUGUAACAGUUGAUAACAAGCCUCGAGGGAUUCUAACCUCAAAUGAUAUCUUAACGCGGGUGAUAGCACAAGAUCUUCCCGCUGAAUCAACCUUAGUGGAGAAGGUAAUGACUCCAAAUCCAGAAUGUGCUACAAUCGAUACACCAAUUGUCGAUGCGUUGCAUACGAUGCACGAUGGGAAGUUUUUACAUCUUCCUGUUGUUGAUAGAGAUGGAUAUGUUGUUUCGAUUGUUGAUGUACUCCACAUCACUCAUGCAGCAAUAGCCACAGUGGGAAAUGCUACUGGAGUUAAUAAUAAUAAUAAUAAUAAUAAUAAUAAUAAUAAUGAGGGAGGAAGUUCAAUGAUGCAGAAGUUUUGGGACUCUGCAAUGACAUUAACGCCAAUAGAGGAUGAGGAUGAAACAAAAAGUGAGAAUUCCUUGAAACUAACUUCAGAAGCAGGAGACACUGUAAAAUCUGUUGGUUAUCCUUCAUCGACUCUUCCCAAUUCAUUUGCUUUCAAAAUCCAAGACAAGAGGGGUCGAAUGCAUAGAUUCAUCUGUGAUGCUCGAAGCUUGACAGAUGUUAUAACUGCAAUACUUCAGAGAGUAGGGGGUGAGAUCGACCGCAACAACCUCCCACAGAUUCUGUAUGAAGAUGAAGACGGGGACAAAGUCGUACUUUCGACAGACCAUGAUCUUGUUGCGGCUGUAGAACAUGCACGAUUGGCUGGUUGGAAGGGAUUGAAGUUGCAUCUAGAAUAUUCAAGAUCAUCAUCAGGAGGAGGAGGAGGGGGGAGGAGGGAGGGGGUUGUUGAAGCGGAUGCAUGGGCUUCUGCAUACAGUGCUGCUGCAGCUGGAGCUGCCUUAGUAGCGGGACUAGGCGUAUUAGCGUUCUUGAGAAGAUCUGGUAACUAA